AACAGCAACAGCACCGCUCCAAAAACCAUUAGGUUUGGGGAGUUAGAUUCCUUAUUUCAAUUUCCAUUCUGUAUGUGUUUUUUUUUGUAUUUCCUCCUUCCCACCUUUUUCUCCUUGUAGUUUAUUGGAGCCUUCCUCGCUUCUUCGCUUCUCCACCAUUGUAGGUACCUACCUAAUAAACCAUAGCCACUUCUGUACGAGUAGCUGUACAGUGUAGAAUUUUGUUCUACGAAGUUUUUGCGAUCACAAGUGAUCUAUACUUUGGCCUUACUAGGACGUGUCGUGUCGUGUGUGUAGAUGGACGACGAACGAUGGCGAUGGAAGUGUAAAAUAAAAUAAAAUAAAACAAAAUGGAGUAGAAUUUUUAUUCUAAAAUAGGGGAGCAAAAAUAAUAUUUAAAUGAACAAUAAAACAAAACUAUUAAAUUUAUAUCGUAAUUUUGUAACGUGAAAGCAAUAAGUUAAAAUAUAAACAUUUUACACAAACAAACAAAAAACUAAAAAAUAUUUUACAUAUUUUAAAAUAAAUCUUAAUUUAUAUACAUAUGAGGGAAAAACAAUAAUUUUGUAUAUAAGUGAACAAAAUUUAGUUGAAAAAACUAAAAAAAGGAUCAAAUAAAAAAAUAAAUACAUCGGACAAAAGAAAAACAAUAAGCUAUUUAAAAUGGCAUCCCAAAGAUUCUGCUUAAGAUGGAAUAAUCAUCAAAGUAACCUUCUAUCAGUCUUCGAUCAACUGCUACACGCUGAAACCUUCACCGAUGUCACGCUGGCCGUGGAAGGGCAAUACCUGAAGGCUCACAAGAUGGUCUUAUCAGCUUGUAGCCCAUAUUUUAAUGCACUCUUCGUCAAUCAUCCAGAAAAACAUCCUAUUGUAAUAUUAAAAGAUGUUCCCUAUUCAGAUAUGAAAAGUCUACUUGACUUUAUGUAUCGUGGUGAAGUAUCAGUUGAUCAGGAACGUUUAACUGCGUUUCUGCGCGUAGCCGAGAGUCUAAGAAUUAAAGGUCUGACAGAAGUAAAUGAUGAUAAGCCAGUUGGGGCUGCGCCUACACCUCCACCACCACAAUUGCAUCGAAUUCAACCAUAUUUGGUGCAACAAAGGACUAAAGUACAGAAUAUGUUAAAUAUAAAUGACAAUCAGCAAUCAUUAUUGGGAAGUGCGUUAUCAUCGAUGCCCAAGAGAAAACGUGGUCGGCCUCGAAAAUUAUCGGGCAGCUCGAAUGGCACUGGUAAUGAUUUUGAUGAGUACGACAGGGAUGGUAUGAUGCAUGACUCACCAAAACAUGAAGUUAAAAUCUCUGGUGAUGGUUAUUCAGGCAAUGAAGGCUCAGACGAGAAUCAACGUGAAUCCUGCGAUAAUGAUCAGGAUGCAAAUGACUGCACAGAUUCCCGAGAUGGUAGAAUAAAAAAACGCAAAUCACAGUCCAAAGACAGAAUAAAUAAUGACAAUGACAAUAGUACUUCCGAUCCCAACGAUAGUGAUUGCGAUGAUCAAAUGGAUGCAUCAUUUAUGGAACCCCAGCUAAUGCUUGAUGAAUAUGAUGAACCUGUUGAAUUCAAAUAUGAUCCAUCAAGUUCACCCAAUUCCCAAGAAGCCACCUCCGCCGCCGAAUCUGUUGCUCAAAAUAAUCAGCAACACCAGCAACAAGCUUUACUGCUGGCACAACAAAAACAUCAGCAACAAAUGGCAGUUGCAGCAGCAACAGCAGCUGCUGUAGCUAAGGGUGCAGCUUUAAUAAGUCCUGGGACAGUGCCUGGUACUGUGACAAUACUUAAUACAAUGGGCGCUAUACCAAAAUUAACGCCCAUUGUCAAGUCAAAACCAAAGUUGUCAAAACGUCCUAAAUUAAAACAAAAUGGUUUAAGCCAACAGGACGGAAAGCCCCUCAACAACAAUGACUUCAUUGACAUGUUUAACAGCAAUUUCAUGCCUGGAAACACAGCCCCAGGUAAACUAAAAGCAACCCUCACCAUUGCCGCUAACACACAGAUGUCAGGGACGACGCCAGGUGGCGGUAACAAUUCUAGCAAUCUAAGUUCGAAGUCAUCACCCGGAGGUGGUGCCAGUGGUGGGGGUAUUAACACUGUCAGCCUAACCAAGAUGAAAGGAACUGGCAGCGUUGGAGGGGUCGGAAGCGGCGGAGGCGGCGAUUCAAUGGGAUCAGGAAAUAAUAAUGACUCGGAAGGAUCUGUCAGGGAUUUUUGUACCAAAGAGGGUGAACACACCUACCGAUGCAAAGUAUGCUCCCGUGUCUACACUCACAUUAGUAAUUUCUGUCGGCAUUAUGUGACGUCGCACAAGCGAAAUGUCAAAGUUUAUCCGUGUCCGUUUUGUUUCAAAGAGUUCACGCGAAAAGACAAUAUGACAGCGCACGUUAAGAUUAUUCAUAAAAUUGAAAAUCCAACGUCUGCUCUUGUUGCGUCUCCAGCUACACCAGGUGGCGGCGGAUCUGCAAUAAACAACUCCUCCUCAUACUCAUCAUCUGCAUCACCAUCAGCUAUGACAUGCACAUCGGAGCCAACAACGCAGACAGAUUUACUACACCAAACACCUGUAUCAACAAAAACAACACCUGUAACCGUACCACCAACACAUUAAAAUUAAAUAAAAAAAGAAAAAUGUUUAACUUUUUUUUUUAAUUUAUGAGGUAAUAAAAUGCUUACACUUUUCUAUAAAUUCGUCACGAAAAAGUGAAACAAACGAUUUAAAAGAAGCAAUUUUGUAUCUCUUAACCUUAUAAAGGCUUCCAAAAUAUUCCAAAAUUUUUUUUAAAUAAAUUAAUUUACAAACCACAACAAUAAAAAAUUAAUAAUUUUUUUUUUAGUUUUAGUUUAAAAGUAGUUAUAAACAUUAUUAUAAUAUUAAAAUUAUAUAUUUCGUAGAAAAUAUACUAAUAAAAACAAAAUGUUGACUUUUUUGAAAUAAAAACUGUAGAAAAAAAAAACACAAGCUCCGAUAAAAUCGGCCAUAAAAAUGUCUCUUUUUCUAAUAUAUAUAAAUAAUAAUUUAAUGUUGUUACCUGUUUAUUUAAAAAAGAAAAAAAAACAAAAAAAACUUGUCUCUAUAAUUCUAGUUUUGUACUCUUCAAUUUAAUUGCAAAGCAUAUUAAAAAUUAAAUUUUUGGAAUACAAACUUGAGUAAUUCUUUUUUGUUACUGAGAAUAUGUCCGUUGUGCAAUUUUUGUUUUUAGUUUUCUUUUUAUUCUUUAGGGUUUCUCGCCCGACAAAUGUUUCGUAAAAAAAACAUAAAGAAACAAAAUACAAUAAGUGUUUUGUGCAAUUGUAAAAAAGAAAAAAAUUAUCUGUAAUUUUAUUUUAUGUUGUUAAUAAUUAUUAAUUUAUUAUUUCUUAUAUUUUUUGUUUCUUUUUCUUAAAAAUAAAUAUAAUAUAGUUAGAAAUAUUAAACGCAAAGAAAAAUAAAAAUACAAACAAAUAAAACAUUUAAUUACUUUUUUUUAAUUAAACUUUUAAAACAAAACAAAAAUUGUUAAGUAGUGUUUUAAAUAACAUUUAAAAAUAUAUUAUACAUAAUUUAUAAAGUAAGAAUAUAUUUUAUAUAUGGAUAUAUAUGUAUAGUAUAUAUAUCGGAGGCUUAAAAUUUCGCCAAAGAAAAAAUUACAGUAAUUAAUAACUAAACAAAAAAAAAUAUAACAAUAUAAAUAAUUUAAUAUCAAAACACACAUGCAAAAUAAUUGAUAUAAACAAAAAUAUAAAAAGUAACUAAUUAUUGAUGAAACACAAAAGUGAACUUAUUUACAAUCAAAAAGUUAAAAUUUAAAUCAACUAAGUGCUCUUAUUUAAAAUUAAAAAAUUCAAUAUACAAUUAUUCUCUUGAUGAUAACUGAAACGAAAGUGUAUUCACAAAGAGGCCUUAUUAUGAAAGUAGUUGUUGUUCAAUUAUACUUAUUUUCUAUUUUUCAAAAAGAUUCACAUUGCAAUAAAGCGACUUUGACUGUUAUAUCACUUUUUCUUUGUAAUGUCUUUGUUCACUUGUUAAAUUUGUUGAUUAAUGAUUUGAAACUAUUUAAAUUAGAUAAUAUUGUGAUAAGGUGUAAGGCUUGCUGAAUAAUUACACGAAAUCUUGAAUGGAAAGUUAUUGAAAAGAAUUCACUCAGUUGAGUAUAAGUUUACCUUUGCUUACUUUUAGAAUGGCUUCUCCAAAGUAGUUAAAUAAAACUUAAACUGUUUUAAUGCAAACACCAAUAGAACAAAAUCAUUGUACAAAUAUCUUAACCUAUCAUGAACAGCAUAAGAUGUGCUUACGUUAUGUAGGUGAGGUCUCAAAAGUUCGUCGUUUCAAAGCUUUUGUGAGGUCUUUAUUGGCUUUUAAAGUCAUAAGCAAGGCAUGCAUUUUAACGGUUUUUCAAAGUUUUGAAUGUUUCAAAGAUAAAUUCUUUAAUAUUUCUUCUUUUAUUUGCUUCUUAUUUAAAAUUAUUUUAUCUCGAUAAUGUUUUUCUUCGGAUUAUUGAACAGGUUCCGAGUCCAAUUGAAAUUCAGUAACUUUUACCAUCGUUACACAUUUGAAUCCUUCAGUUUACCAGGGAUGGAACGGCUAAGGUGGUAGUAGACUAUCAUUUUUUGAUAGUCAAAUUGACUAUCAUUUUAAUUCCGUCUGUGUAAAAUGAUUUAACCCAAUUCAAUUCGAUUAAACAAUUUCAGAUUCAAAUUGUCAAAAUUCAUUGUUGCCUUGAAAUUUUAAAUUGAUUCCUAUAAAAUAUCUAAACAAAAGUAAGUUUGAAUUAAAUUCUUACUCCUCUUGCUUUUUUCGAAUGUCAUAAGCUUUGUCGGCCACAGGAAUGUGUUUUUUUUAACGAAACAAAGCGAACAAAGAAAAUUUGCCAGUCGUUUGUGUAAGCGUCUGGUAGCUCUAACAUAUUUGUUUGAAAACGACUAUCACACUUUGUUGCUACAGCUUUUUAGGUAUCAAUUUAACUAUCACCUUACGUGGAUCAAAUUCGAUCAUUUUGAUUGUCAUUUAUCAACAAUCGCCUUAGCCGAUUCCACUCCAGAAUUGUGUUUUUUUUUCCCUAACAUAAAAUAAAUUGAUUUCCAAAAUCCAACCUUAAAUUCUCUUUAAAAAAACGUUAACCAACAAUAUCAUAAAAUUAAAACAUUAAUUCAGGAAUAAUGCAAAAUUGUUAUCGUGAUAAAUUCAUUAAAUGUUUGAAAACAACAAAUCUCUUGAAACAUUGUUAAACUUUGAACCAUUCUUGUUUGCAUUGUGGAAACAUUUAGUGAAUGAGGACAAACGAUAAGUCGAGAUUUACAUUUAAGAACAAAGUUUGACACUUUGAACAUGCAGCCCUUAUUAUGAGAAGCGAAGAAAAAGUUCGACUUAACGUAAACGUUUGAGAAAUCUAAUAUAGAGCAAAAUUAAGAUGGUUGAAUUUCGACCUUAAAAUGGGUUAACACCUCUUUUUUUAAAAAAAAAGUUGUGUUUUGAAGUGAAUAUUGAAAUGUUAUUCACGAGAUGAGUAAUUUUAAAAACGUUUGCUUUCAGUCGGACCUUCGAUUCGCUUCUCAUGUUAAGGCCUAUGUCUCCCCCUCUUGGUAAUACUUAACACAAUAAAACUAGAAAACUUUUAAAUGUUUAUAACUAAAUGAGCUUAUGCUCUUUCCUACUAAGUUUAAUUUGAACUGUAGUCCUGCAACAAAUACCAAAAUAAAAACUUGAAAAACACUCCAAAUUAGACUUAAAAUGUGUCCCCUUUCAAAAAGUUCUUAUACCUUAUUGCAAGUUUUUAUCAGAAAUGUUUUAAAAAUAAUUAAAAAAAAAAACUAAA